AUGACGAUAGAAGAGCUCGAAGCUGUGGUGUUGUUUGAACAAUGGCCUGAACGAAUGAUAUACGUGGGUGCCAACUUAAGUUCCGAAAGACGAGCGUCAGGUAAAUUUUUGGGCUUUCUCGUUUCUAACCGUGGUAUUGAGGUAAAUCCUUCGCAGAUUAAAGCAAUUGAGGAAAUACCUGAUAUACUUACUAAUAAAAAGGAAGUUCAAAGAUUAACAGGAAGGAUCGCAGCUCUGGGGAGAUUCAUUUCAAAAUCCUCAAAAAAGUGCUUCAAAUUUUUCUCUGCUCUUAAAAAGCAAGAUCAUUUCGAGUUGAAUGAAGAUUGCCAACAAGCUCUUAAAGAUUUGAAAGCUUACCUAUCAAACCCUCAUCUGUUAGCAAAACCGAAGGAAGGUGAAAAACUGCUCAUCUACUUAGCAGUAUCUGAAAUAGCGGUAAGUGCCAUCUUGGUUCGAGAAGAGCAAGAUACUGAAACGAGGAAGGUUAGCAAAAUGGUUAUAGAAUUGAGUGAGUAUGAAAUUAUUUAUCAACCUAGAACUGCCAUAAAAUCCCAAGUACUUGCCGAUUUCGUAGCUGAUUUUAGUCAAGGCAUGCAUUUAGAAGCUGGAAAAGAGUUGCAAGUUUUUAAUGGCGCAAAUCCGGGGACUUGUGUAUUAUUUACUGAUGGAUCAUCUAAUGUAAAAGGGGCAGGUUUAGGAAUUGUUCUCAUACCACCUAUUGGUGAAACCAUUAGGCAGGCUAUAAAAUGUCAUCCCGUAACUAACAAUGAAGCAGAGUACGAGGCUGUGAUUGCAGGUCUAGAGCUGGCACGAGAACUUGGUAUAACACAGAUUGUUAUCAAGAGUGAUUCCCAACUCGUGGUUAAUCAAAUGUUGGGGACUUAUACAGCCAGGGAGGCACGAAUGCAAGAGUAUCUCGAAAAGGUGCGAGAAUUGAUAAGGAAAUUCCAAACUUGGAAGGUGAUGCAGAUUCCAAGGGAGGAAAAUACGGAAGCUGAUGCUUUGGCAAAUCUGGCAUCUGCAGCGGACAUAGCAAAGGAUGCGAAUGCCUCUGUUAUUCACCUGUUUCACUCCGUCCUUGAACCCGAUAAAAAUGAGUAUGGAACCGUACCUGACAAUAAAACAAAGGCUCAUGCACUUCGCAAAAAAGCUGCCCGUUACUAUUUGCACCAAGGAAACCUUUAUCGAAAGAUGUUUGGAGGACCUUUAGCAAGAUGUCUCGGGCCUUCUCAGACGGAAUACAUUAUGAGAGAAAUAAAUGAGGGACAUUGUGGAAAUCAUGCAAGGGGUAGGUCAUUGGUGAAAACAUUAAUCCGAGCAGGGUACUAUUGGCCUAAAAUGGAAGAGAAGCAAAUGAUUUCGUAUCCAAAUGUGAUAAGUGCCAAAGUAUUAUGGGCAUAUCGAACGACGGCAAAAACAAGCACGGGCGAAACACCAUUUUCAAUGGUUUAUAGAGCAGAAGCUUUAAUAUCGAUGGAGAUAAGCGAGACAAGUAUACGACAUGUUCAAGCAACGGAGAAUUCAAAUGAUGAAGAGUUACGAGUAAACCUUGAUCUACUUGAAGGGAGAGGAGAAACAUCAUUGAUAAGGAUGUCAGCUCAAAAACAAGUGAUUGAAAGAUACUACAAUAGGAAGGCACGACUCAGGUUCUUUAAAGUUGGGGACUUCGUGCUUAAGAAAGUAUUUCAGUCAACAAAGACGGCUAAUUCAGGAAAACUAAAUCCAACAAGGGAAGGGCCUUAUAGAGUUCGUGAAGUUGCGGCGAAAGGAGCAUAUGAGUUGGAGACUAUGGAUGGCAAGGUUUUACCCUCACAUUGGAAUGCUGUUCAUUUGAAGAGAUAUUACUUCUAG